UCGUCCGGCUAAACCCGACCAUUCCGAAGGCAGGAAGGGCUGCGGGGCGGGAGGCGCAAAACCCUCUGCAGGUCUCUUCUUCUCCACCGUUGCCGCCGCCGCCGUCGCCAUGGGCGGCGCCUCCAAGCUGCUCUCCUCCCUCCUGCUAACCUCCUCCCCGCUCCGUCUUCGCCCCUCAGCCGCCGCCUUCGCGCUCUUCCUGUCCCCGCCCAGAGCCGCAUCCCGCCGCCAACUCCUGCUCUCCUCCCCCCUCCGUACCCUCUCCAACUCCACCGCCGCAUCGUCCCUUCCCUACAGCUCCACCUCCGCGACCCCACCGCCCCACGCCCCUUUCCCCGAGUGGUCCCGCCUCGUCGACCGCCUCGCGGCCGCCGGUUACGACGCCCGCGUCCCCGCCCCCGCCGAUGAGCUCGCCUUAGCCACCGGCUGCAGUCUGUCCGCCGAGGCGGAGUCCGCCGUGUACUCUUUCCUGGCAUUCGCCCGCGACCGGCCCGACCUUCUCAGGUUGCUGCCGCGGAAGGAUGUGGAGGUUGUGGUGGCUAACGCUGCACCCGCUCUUUUCAAGGAUGGGGAGGCAUCUGUGCAGCGGCUGCAAGAGUACCUUGCGGGGAAAGAGAACAAUGUAUUUCAAUCCAUGAGAGCGGAAACUGUUGACAUUGUUCGGUGUUUGUUAAGUUAUGCUUACAGUUCUUCAGACAGCUAUUUAAAAGACAAAGAACUUACUGAUUCAGCUGUGAGAAAUAUUUUGACUGAGCUAGUAAAUUCUAGUGGACUUUCCCGAACCUCCAUGGAAUCAACUGUUGGGCAAAGUUUUUUGAGCCAACCUAAGCAAUCCUCUAGGCCUCCAGCGCAAAGUAUUGAAAUGAAGCGUGGUGACUGGAUUUGCACAAGAUGUAGCUUCAUGAACUUUGCAAGAAAUGUGAGUUGCCUUGAGUGCAAUGAGCAUCGGCCAAAGAAGAUGUUGACUGGCGGAGAGUGGGAAUGCCCGCAGUGUGACUUCCAUAAUUAUGGGAGAAACAUGUCAUGCCUAAGAUGUGACUGCAAAAGACCAGGAACAAUCCCACUGAAUCGUGCAUCUGCUGGUGCUGGUUUUGGCGGUGUGGCACAGCUUGUUAAUUUAGCCAACGCUGGCAGAUCUGAAAUUGAAAGGAAACUUGCUGAAAACGAUGAGAAGGCAGAAAGGUGGUUGAGCAAAGUAUCUCAACUUGACGAUUCUACCGAUUUAAGUAGUCUGGCAGCUGAUGAAGAUUUUCCUGAGAUUAUGCCUAUGAGGAAGGGUGUAAAUAAAUUUGUUGUUAGCACACGCAAGACACCAUUGGAGAGAAGAUUGGCAAGUGCACAAUACAGCAGUAACAACAGCUCUCAAGGAGCUACAUCGGACUCCAAGAUCAGUGAAACUUUAGACAGGAUACUUGGGCGUUCAGCAUCUACUUCAGCCCCAAACAACCAGUCUGAUACUGGAGGUGUAAAUAUAGGAACUCCCAAGAAAUUAACCGGCCAUCUUAGUGAUAUCGAUCCUGUUCCUUUUGUGCCACUGUCUCCAGAUCUAUUUGCCAAGCCACAGAAUGCAGAGAGUAAUGGACAGGUAGACAAGGAUGGUCAUAUAGCUACAGAAGCUAACAGCUCCACAUCGGAUAGCACAGUGACCUCAACUGAGAGGGGAGAUGGCAGUAAAUCAUCAGAUACUACUGAAAGAUGGUCCAAGAAAGUUGCAGAACUUGACAGUGUAAAUGACCUUUCAAUUGCUGUUUCUGAUAAAGAAUUUCCUGAUAUUAUGCCAAUGAGGAAAGGUGAGAAUCGAUUUGUUGUUAGUAAGAAGAAAGACCGAUCACUGACAUCACCGCAGUACAAAAGGCGCAAUGUGCUUGAGCAGGCUGACGAUUCCAAUUUCGUCCCAUUUGUUCCAUUUCCUCCUGAUUACUUUGCCAAGAAAGAUGUGACAGCAGAGACUGAGAAUAUUCCAGAUACAGGAAUAGCGCCUGAAGGUUCUCCAUCAGCUGAUAAGCUGCCAGGAAAUUUGGGAAAUAGUCGGAACAACUCACAGGUUAUUAGCCGUCAGGCAAGCAAUAACUUGACUAAUGAGAAUUGGAACACAAAUUACUUACAGCAAAACCUGAGUGCCGGUGGUUAUUUACACGCUGAAAGCAGCAAUUAUCAGCAUCAUCAGCAACCUCAUGAGGUGGAUCAUCGAUCUAGUGGUACUUUUAAUACUGGCACUUGGAACACAAACAACUCCCAGGGAAGGUUUAAUGAUGGCAGAGGUGGAUCUGGCAACUAUCAGCAUCAAACUCAAUCUCAUGGGACAGGUGGUCAAUCCAAUACCCACACUUCGAACACAAACUACUCUCAUGGGAGCUUCAACGAGGGCGGUGGUGUAUCCACUCACAAUGGGGCCAGCUAUUCUGCACAACCGCCUUAUACGUCCGGUUAUAGCAAUAAUAAUGGCAGCAACAGCAAUAAGAGUAGUUCAUAUCCUGAUAAUAGCACUGCUACUAGUGGCAGUGCUUCAGCUAACCCUAAUCAAACAACGGGCUACUCAAGUUACGGAGGUAGAGGCUAUACUGGAAAGAGCUUGGAAGGUUCUGCUGUGAAGGACCCUGAUCCUCUGGAUAUGUCUGAGGAAGCUAAGGCUGAAAGAUGGUUUAGGAGGGCAGCUCAAAUAAAGGACAUCUCUGAGCUUGCCAACAUUCCUGACGAAGAUUUCCCUGAGAUAAUGCCGAUGAGGAAAGGGGUGAACAGAUUUGUAGUGAGCAAGAGGAAGACACCAUUGGAGAGGAGAUUAACCUCUCCUCAGUAUAGAAGGAACCUACCAGUCGUAAGUUCUGAACCGGACAAUGAUGCUAGUUGAAAACAGAUGCAUGCUUGCAACCAUAAUUGAAAUGCAAGAGUGAAAGAGUUUGAACAAGGAUAUACUUUCAUUUCAGUUUGUGAAUUUGUCGUGAUAAUAAGAGGGUGGAAAUGCUAUUUGAAACAGAUACAUGCUCUGGAACAUCAUUCAAGUGCAAUAGUGAAAGAGUUUUUACACAAUACUCAAGAUUGUGAAUUUGUUGUGAUAAGAAGCUAGUAAUGGGAAAUUCAUGUCGUGAAGAGUCUAAUACCCAGAACAUUUUUACUGUAUGCUAAAAUUUUGUUCUCAUCACUAGUGAUUUGCUGCCAGGUUUCAUUUGUUCCGUGUAUCAGUAUAUGCAUGUGUUGUUCCUGAAAUCUGAAAUACUGAAACCCAGGCAUGAUGGCAUUACGCAAAGUCUAGACUUGUCUGAGAUUCAGAUAUAUAAACUUCUAUUCUAGUAAA